UAAAUAGGAAGAAAAUGUGCCAGGGUCUCCACAAUACGGGAAACCAUGGGUUCAAAUGGAACCUUUCUAGACAAUGAAGAGGCACCCACUUAUGCUCCAUCAAUUCCAGUUCCUAAUGUUCAAGAGCUGGUGAGGAAGGAUCCUUUUCAGGUUCCACAAAGAUAUGUUAGGAAAGUGGAAGAUAGGCCAAAAGAUACUGAUACGUCAUAUCUUUCUUCAUUUAUUCCUGUCAUUGAUUUGUCUUUGCUGUUAAUGGGAAACAAUGAGGAGCUAAACAAACUGGAUCUGGCUUGCCGAGAAUGGGGUUUCUUUCAGGUAUGUAUUGUUAGUGAAAGAAUAUGCAGGGUGGUAAAUCAUGGAGUUGCAAAGCAAGUAUCGCAGAAAAUGAAGGAUGCUGCAGCCGAGUUUUUUAAGCUUUCACUAGAAGAGAAAAACAAGUAUGCCAUGCCCUCAGACGACAUACAAGGGUAUGGGCAUGCAUAUGUCGUUUCCGAAGAUCAAAUACUGGACUGGUCGGAUGCACUCAUACUUUUGGUUCACCCCUCACAUUAUAGGAAGCUCAAGUUUUGGCCCAAUUCACCAAAAGGGAUCCAGGAAAUCAUAAAAGAAUAUUCAAAUGCAAUCCGAAAAGUUGCAACUGAGCUCUUUCAAUCAUUUUCUCUGAUCAUGGGAAUGGACAAGGAAGCUCUGCUUGGACUGCAUAAACAAUUGGUGCAAGCUUACCGAGUGAACUACUACCCUCCCUGCUCCAAACCUGACCAAGUACUAGGUGUUAGCCCACAUUCAGACACAAGCACUAUAACCAUACUUAUGCAGGAAGAUGAUGUGUGUGGAUUGCAGAUUAAGAAUAACAACGAGUGGGUUCCGGUUAAUCCAAUCCCAGAUGCACUGGUGGUGAAUGUCGGCGAUGUCUUUGAGAUAUGGAGUAAUGGCAAGUACAAGAGUGUUGAGCACAGAGCAGUUGCAAAUUAUAGUAAGGCAAGAAUUUCUUAUGCAUCAUUCCUGUUUCCGCACGAUGAGGUAGAGAUUGAGCCCCUAAGUCACAUGGUCGACUCAAAAACAAAACAGCAGCUUUAUAAAAAAGUGAGAUAUGGGGAGUAUUUGAGAAGCUCCAUGAAUAAAAAAAUGGAGGGCAAAGCACAUACCCAGAUGGCUAAAGAUUGA